UCAAACCUCUCUAUAAAUCAUGCAACAUUUUGCUUAAUUCAACAACACAUCUCAAAUUUAAACUACACACAUUCAUCAGAUAUUAACAUUUGUAUCACAAUGGAAACAGUGAAAGAUAUGGUUUCUGAGAAGCCGUUGGUGAUAUUUAGCAAGAGUUCAUGUUGCAUGAGCCAUACUAUAAAGACACUUUUUUCUGACUUUGGUGUGAAUGCAACCGUUUAUGAACUUGAUGAGAUAUCCAAAGGAAAAGAGAUUGAGGAAGAACUUUCAAGACUUGGCUGUUCUCCAUCUGUUCCAACUGUUUACAUUGGUGGUGAGCUUAUUGGUGGAGCUAAACAAGUCAUGACUCUUCACCUUAGCGGCACUUUGAAACCGAUGCUUAAAUAUGUUGGAGUUCUUUGGGUUUAAUCUCAUUAUCACAUCAAUUAUCAAUGUUUCUUAAUAAAUGGUUUUAUGGCAUAAAGAUCUUUUUAACUUAGUUGAUAGAUUUGUAAUGCCCGGUUAAUGACUGAGAUACAAGUCCACAUUUAGCAUUUAUCUUUUUGGAUUUAAAUAUAAUGUUAUCUUUCAAGAAUUUAAAUGUCUGAUUUUGAAUUUAA